GCGGCACACAGGGGAGGCGGCAGCGGCGGCGCCCCCGCCCAGUGCGGCUGGGCGCACUGACAGCGCUCCCGGCCCCGCCGGCCGGCUCCCGCCUCUCGCCGCCUCCGCCUGCGAUGCUCAGUCAUGAAACGCGUACGCACAGAACAGAUUCAGAUGGCAGUGUCCUGCUACCUCAAGCGCCGUCAGUAUGUGGACUCAGAAGGUCCCCUAAAACAAGGGCUGAGGCUGUGUCAGACUGCUGAAGAGAUGGCAGCUAAUCUCACAGUCCAAUCUGAAUCUGGUUGUGCCAACGUCGUGUCUGCAGCUCCCUGCCUGCCGGAGCCACAGCAAUAUGAAGUACAAUUUGGACGAUUACGCAAUUUUCUCACAGAUUCAGAUUCUCAGCACAGCCAUGAAGUGAUGCCUCUUCUGUAUCCCCUCUUUGUCUACCUCCAUCUGAACAUGGUCCAGAAUGGCCUAAAAAGCACAGUGGACAGUUUUUACAGCCGCUUCCAUGGCAUGUUCUUGCAGAAUGCCAGCCAGAAGGAUAUCAUUGAGCAGUUACAGACUACCAUGACUAUUCAAGAUAUCCUGUCCAACUUGAAGCUCCGGGCUUUUCUGGACAACAAGUACGUCAUCCGCCUUCAAGAGGACAGCUACAACUACCUUCUUCGCUACCUCCAAAGUGACAACAACAACGCCCUGUGCAAAGUCCUGACCUUGCACAUCCACCUGGAUGUGCAGCCCUCCAAGAGGACCGACUACCAGCUCUACGCCAGUGGGAGCUCCUCGCGUAAUGAGAGCAACGGGCUGGAGCCCAGUGAGGUGCCAGCUUCCAUCUUGCAGAAUGAGGCAGCGUUGGAAUUACUGCAGGACAGCAUUAAACGUGUCAAGGAUGGGCCCCCUUCCUUAACAACCAUCUGCUUCUAUGCCUUCUAUAACACAGAGCAAUUGCUGAACACGGCAGAGAUUUCACCAAAUAGCAAGCUGCUUGCUGCUGGGUUUGAUAAUUCAUGCGUUAAGCUGUGGAGCCUGCGUUCCAAGAAGUUAAAAUCUGAGCCCCAUCUUGUUGAUGUGUCCCGCAUCCGCCUGGCUUGUGACAUCCUGGAUGAGGAGGAGGAAGAAGAUGACAGCGCAGGCACGGAAAUGAAAAUCCUGAGGGGACACUGCGGGCCUGUGUAUAGCACCAGGUUCCUUUCAGACAGCUCAGGACUUUUGUCUUGUUCUGAGGACAUGUCCAUCAGAUACUGGGACCUCGGAAGUUUCACAAACACUGUGUUGUACCAAGGACAUGCCUACCCCGUCUGGGAUUUGGACAUCAGUCCCUGCAGCCUGUACUUUGCCAGCGCCUCCCAUGAUCGCACCGCAAGACUCUGGUCGUUUGAUCGGACGUACCCUCUGCGAAUAUAUGCAGGCCACUUAUUGGAUGUAGACUGUGUCAAGUUCCACCCCAAUUCCAACUACUUAGCGACAGGCUCCACAGACAAGACUGUGCGCUUAUGGAGCACUCAGCAAGGCAACUCAGUGCGCCUGUUCACUGGGCAUCGUGGCCCCGUGCUGGCACUUGCAUUUUCUCCCAAUGGUAAGUACUUGGCCUCGGCGGGUGAAGACCAGCGGCUAAAGCUGUGGGACUUGGCUUCAGGAACUCUCUACAAAGAACUGAGGGGGCACACGGACAACAUAACCAGCCUUACUUUUAGCCCUGACAGUAGUUUAAUUGCUUCAGCCUCGAUGGACAAUUCUGUCCGGGUCUGGGACAUCCGUAACACGUACUGCAAUGCCCCUGCCGAUGGGUCUUCCAGUGAACUGGUUGGUGUAUAUACUGGACAAAUGAAUAAUGUACUGAGCGUACAGUUUAUGGCCUGUAAUCUUCUUCUAGUGACUGGAAUUGCACAAGAAAAUCAGGAACAUUAAUUUUUUUCUUUUCCUUAGGGAAGUGGGUGGGGGUGUUGAAUGCCAGAGUCCAUUACAAGCUGAGAUUACUGACUGUGAAACACUUUUCUUCCUCUGUCCCCUUGAAAGGCACAUUCAGAGCGAUGCAAAUGCUUUAAAAUUUCAUGCCCACAAAAAGGCCUGUGCUGUUAAAUGGAGUAAAGAAAAAGGAAGAGUGAUGAAAA